AGUUUGUGCUAUUCAGCGACAUAGUAUUUCUAGCAUAAGCAGUAGUGUAACAUGUACUUACUAUGGGACGUGUGACUUGCUUAAUGACAUUCUAUGGUUUGAAGGCAUUUUCUGCAACAUUUAUCUGAUACUGGAAGGCAAUCAGUAUGGGUAGUGCUACUGAUUACAAUGCUGAGAAGGCCCGCAUCGAGGAAACCAUUCUUGCGGCGAUAAACACUAGUCUUGAUCCAGCGGCAGCAGCCAGAAAGGCUUUGGCGGGGGCUUUUCCGGCGGCAAGCUUUACGGACAAGGAGGAUGGCACGCUCAGCGUCCAGGGGCUCGAUGCGGCACAGCGGCAGAGCCUGGAGGACGCCCUGUUUGAGCUCAACCUGUCGCUUGCAAACCAGGCGGUGGCCAGGGGCCUUCCUCUCAUGCAGUUCCUGCACUCUGAUGCAGCGCACCAAGGGGUCAUGACCUUGCCCAGGUUCCUGCAAGUGUGCCUCGAGCUCGCACGCCCGCCGCUGACUGAGCCGUUGAAGGACGCGGAGAAGGCUGGUGGGCGGCGCCGGUUGCUGGACUAUGAGAGCUGGGCGCGGCUUUUCGAGCAGCUCAUGGAGGUGGGGACCAUUGCGGACUGCGCCGACCUCUUCCGUCUCAUGGAGGGAGGCGGCGGAGCGGGGCCAGCAGCGGGCGGCGGCAGCAGCACUGGCAGCAGCGGCAGUGGCGGGAGGGAUCUGGGUUGGGCGGCGGUGUUUUGCGCCGAGGAGUUCCGGCGGGAGCAGGGCGCCAAGCUGACGCUGCUGCGCAUGAGCAACAUGCUGUUCAGGAGGCUGUCAAAGGCCUACGACGUGCAGCUGUGCGGGCGGCUGCUGAUCUUCAUUUCGCGGUGCUACGAGCUGAACGACAAGAGCGGCCUGAACGUUGCGGGCGCCCUGAACAGCGGUCUGGCGCUCCCGGUGGACGAGGUGGAGGCGGGGGCGGUGGACAGCAUCGGCGAGCAGAUCGACCGCCGGCUGUACAGCUGCUUCUGGGGGCUGCAGGCGGUGUUCCAGAACCCCACUCAGGUGCUACAGCCCGCCGUGUACGGCAAGGUGCUAGCAGACAUUGGCAGCGUACUGGAGGAGUUCGCCGCCAUUAAGAACCCAGUGGCGGCCACUGGCCCAUGGGUCGCUGCUCGCGGCAGCAACCACAACAACCAGCCGCAAGGCGGCCAGCCGCAGCAGCAGCCGGCAGCCGCAGCAGCAGAGGAGGCUAUGGAGGUGGACGGGUCCGCAGCAGCCGGGUCAGGGGCAGCAGGUGGAGGUGGAGGUGGUGGGGGCGGCAGUGGUGGUGCGGGCACUCGCUACCUGACCAGCAGCAAGCUGUUCGGGUUGCAACUGCGGGACUGCACAUUCAGGCGCCACUUCCUGCUACAGUGCCUUGCGCUGCUGCAGUACAUCGAGCAGCCCAGCAAGACCGACCGCUCCGCCAUCGGACAGCGGCCCGAGGGACUGGAGGCGCUCAGGACCAAGCUCUACACCGCCCUGGCGGACACCAAGGACCACGGGACCGAGUUCGCAGCCGCCGUGCGCAGCGUGCUUGACCACGAGGCGCACUGGGUGGCCUGGAAGCACGGGACGCAGCCGCCGCCGCAGCAGCAGCAACAGCAGACACAGCCGCCGGGGGUGGCGGCAGGUGCGCAGUCGCCGGUUGGGGCAGCAGCAGCAGCGGCAGCAGGAGGGGCGGCGGCAGGAGCGGGAGCAGCAGCGGCGGCAGCAGAGCUCUGUCGCGACUUUUCGCGUCCGCCGGCAGCGCCGACGCGGGAGGUGACGUCCACAUCUCAUGGGGAGGCGGGCGGAGCGGCUCCGGGAGGAAAGCGCAAGCGUGCCGGCGGCGCCCGCGGCGGAAACCUCAGCAAUGGCGGCGUGUUUGGCGGCGGGCGUUACGCCGUGUCGCGCGGCGUGACGGGUCUGGCCGACCCAUUGGUCGGUCUGAAGGUUUCGGAGCGUCGUACUCGGAGCCGCAAUGUGAUUGGCGAGGAGGAGGUUGUGCCCAUGCUGCCUAGCGCCACGGAGCUGCUGUUCCCCAUCCUGGAGGACCUGGACCCUGACAACGACGUGGAGCCGCAGUACCGCCGCGUGCGGGAGCAGGUGUUUGCGUGGAAGCGCAUGCGCACCCUGGCCAGGAACUGCCUGGAGUUCUACAAGAAGGGUGACGACCUGGAGGAGGCUGUGCUGGAAAUGCACCCGGAGCUGAGGUCCAAGAUCGCGGCACGCAAGGCGGAGCGGGAGGCGGAGCUGGCGGCGGCGGCAGCAGCGGAGGCGGCGGAGGCGGGG